UAUCAACGUAUCAUUGAACCAAAAUCCUUUAUUGGCCUCUGCUUUCUACUGGCUCAGAGCAGCGGAGCUUCAGGAUUCGUUCACGUCUCCGGUGGCGGUCUAGUUCCAUAUGGCAGCCUUCAGCGGCGACGAGACCGCCCCCUUCUUUGGCUUCCUGGGCGCCGCGGCUGCUCUCGUCUUCUCCUGCAUGGGGGCGGCGUACGGCACCGCGAAGAGCGGUGUGGGCGUGGCUUCGAUGGGGGUUAUGAGACCCGAACUGGUGAUGAAGUCGAUCGUGCCCGUAGUUAUGGCCGGGGUGCUCGGCAUUUACGGUCUCAUCAUAGCCGUCAUUAUCAGUACCGGUAUAAACCCUAAGGCCAAGUCCUACUACCUCUUUGAUGGAUACGCACAUCUUUCCUCCGGCUUGGCUUGCGGGCUCGCGGGCCUCUCGGCAGGCAUGGCAAUUGGGAUCGUCGGUGAUGCGGGUGUCAGAGCCAAUGCACAGCAACCAAAACUAUUCGUUGGAAUGAUUCUCAUUCUUAUUUUUGCUGAAGCCUUGGCCCUAUACGGCCUUAUUGUCGGCAUCAUUCUUUCAUCCCGUGCAGGUCAGUCUAGAGCCGACUAGUUGAAAAAGACAAACUGUUGCUUGAUAUUCGCAGGUCUGCCUUUUUUAUUUCCUUCCCUCUGGCACUUAGUGCUUAACAAGGCUAUUGAACCAAACUCGGUGGUUCUAUUUUCCGUAAUAGAGAAACAGUAACGGAGGUUCUCGGUUUGUAACAUAACAUAUCAUAUAUAAGUGUGUAGGGAACGCCCUUCUAUUUAUAAAUUAUUGUGUAGGAAUAUAAGGUUUAGCGGUGUCUGAUGAUAAGAAUGGCGGUGCUUCCACAAGGAUGGUGUUUUGAUUUUAUCAUAAUUAUGGACCACUCAUUUAUGACAA